AAGGGGCCACUUAUUCCUCUCAGCUCGGAUCUGCCUGCUGCCUGCACUGGCCUGGGACCCUCUUUGCCUGACAGCUUCUGCACUAAGAAACUCAAAGCCUUGAGAGAAAAUGCUCCUCUUACUGCUGGGAAUCAUUAUCCUGCACGUUGCAGUUCUGGUGCUUCUAUUCGUCUCUACUAUUGUUAGUAGCUGGCUGGUGGGCAAUGGCUAUUCAGCGGAUUUGUGGCAAAACUGCAGUGGACCGGCCACCGGAACCUGGCAGUGUCUCACCUCAUCCAGCAAUGAGUGGCUUCAGUCUGUGCAAGCGAUGAUGAUCCUCUCCAUUAUCUUCAGCGUCCUGUCUUUGUUCUUGUUCUUAUGCCAACUCUUCACACUCACGAAAGGAGGGCGCUUCUUUCUUACGGGAUUCUUCCAGGUCCUUGCUGCGGCUUGCGUUAUGGCGGGAGCAUCCAUCUUUACGGUGCGGCACACAGAAUGGCAGACAGCGGAAGUAGCCAGCUACGGCUUUGCCUAUAUCCUGGCAUGGGUGGCGUUCCCCCUUGCUGCAAUUAGCGGCAUCAUUUACAUCAUCUUGAGAAAACGCGAAUAAGAAGCAAACCGCGCCCAAGGCUGUUAAAAGGAAAAGCUCCAAUUGAAAGUCACAAUAAAAAAGGGGAACCCAGAGAUUCGAAACCAAAACAUUUCAACCUUCCCUCACCCCCCCAAAAAAGAGAGAGACAGAGUGGUGGGGGCAGGUUUCUGUGUUAAUUGAAGAUGUAAAUAGUAUCUAUGGUUUAAAAACCUAUUUAUAACACUUUUUACAUAUGUGUACAUAGUAUUGAUUGCUUGUUUGUGACCGCUAGCUUCCGUGAGCUAAACACCAACCCCCAAAUCAAAGGACAAGUACUCAUUACUUGUUGUGCCUUACAAAAUAUGCCAACAGUCUUAAUGUAUGCCAAAUGCCACCCUCGGCUUGUAGAUAAGAUUGCCAAUCAAAACGGCUGCCAAAGAGAGAGAGAGAGAGAGAUUAAAGGCUGUUUAUGAUACUGCAAUGGGGGUACCAUUCUGCACCCUGUUGUUGUUAAGCUCCCCCAGGUCCAUAUAAUACAUUAAGAGAGAGGCUGGAGACCUGGUGGCUUUAAACAAGGGUGUCUAAAUUGUAAUUGGUUGAAUGGCAUGAGAAGUGGUUGUUAUGAUGCAAGUGCCCUCUAUUGGCGUCAUCAAAACACCUUCUGACAAUUGCACUGAGACUGUCAGAGCUGUGGGAGUACAAAUAUAAAGCAGGUUCUAGACUGAUUUGACCUUUUUAGGGCAUUUAGAGGGAAGGAAAGCAGUAACACACUGGAUUAGCCCUUUCCUUCCCCAAAGUGAGGGAAGAGGGCGGCGACGCUUGUCCAGGACAACGCCAAGAGCGUCCGCUCAUUCCCUUGUGCUAUUGCUUUCUCCUGCAGUAUUUUGCCUUAUGACCUUCUGAUAAAGGGAGAUGGGCCUUUCUUCUAAUAAACCCGUCACUGCCAGAAGAGCUUGCAAUUUGUUACAGAGUCCAAGAGACAUUCUUGUCUCCAUGCUAAGAACCUACAGAGAGAUUACAGUAUAUGUAUAUUUUUUAAUGUAACCGAUGCGCAUGUAUGAUACAUAUAUAUAAAGUAUAUAGGAAAAUAUAAGGAAGACACAUUGUUAACUGAAUGUUUUAGUUAGUUCCCCUUUAAACAUCCCCUUGCGCAGCAGAGGCUGAUAAACAUUAGUCUGUAGUGGUUCUUUUGACAUAUAGGUUAAAGAAAAGUGGUGCUAUUAUUGAGUUCUAGACCAUUCCUUUUACUUUUUAACCUCUGUGUAACGUUUGACCCAAUAAAUGUUCAGUAUAGUUGGCUGAAAUAAGGUCUAUGCAAGUAUUAUUGCCGAUGCUGCUCGGGACACUGCUCACUGGAUGUGGCUACGGUUACGGUACCUUGCUGUGUGUGCUGAAUUGCUUUCAGUGAACGCCUUGGGUGGGGGAGGGGGUCGUAUGACACUGGCCCCCAUUUGUCACACAUCGGGAGAAUAGGAAAUAAUUGAAUAAUUGAUUAAAUGAAAAAGGGGCAAGUGGGUCAGUUCAAGCUGCACUGAAGAUAUGAUCUAGAUUGCAGUAUUCGGUUUAGGAACUGACCAUAAUAAUUAUAAGCUAUGUUGGCAGACAGUAGUCACAUUAUCAUCUAUUGAGCCUUUGAUGCCCUUAGAAUGGGCUUUACCAAAUCUUGUGGCCCCUAACGUUACUUCUAAAGGCCAAACAUUCAUUACACUAAUUAAAAGUGGCAAGUGAGCAGUAUUAUUAUUACUUGAACCAAUCUGCUAACAUACAAGACCUAUAAUGCAAUCAUAUAUCUAACUAGUAACAAUAUAUAUCUAACUAGUAACACCAAACAUCCCCCACAGUAAUUCUAAACAAAAAAUGCCACCACAUUUCAGAAAGACUUCAGUUAGUAAGGUUUGCCAGUAAUGGAACUCUGAAGCGGUUGAUGCAUUUUCUGUAUUCCCGCUUGUCAGUGCAAAGGGACUGAGAGAGAUUCAGUGUGACAAAACACUAAAGAUAUCACUAAUUACCACUGACCGUAACUAACCCCUGGCAAAGCAAGGUUGUGUCAUGUGUCCUACCUGCCUACGUAAGAUUUAGGCUUUGUAUAAGGUCAAUGUCAGGAAAACAAGUGGAAUUAAUUUGUUUAGAUUAAUAAUACCAUCUGAUCUUUUCCAUGUAGGUGGUGGACAUGUUCAUUUCUACUCUUGAUUUGCCGGUGAUUCUAGAUGCCAGAUGCUUGACACUCUUGAGAGUUACUAGUUAUUCAACCAACUUGGCUUUAAUGAAUGACCUUACAGUUAACACUGGAGCCAUUUAAUUACCUGGCCUGGUUACUCUAAUUAAAGACAGAAUUCUGUUUUCUGCUCUUUAACAACACAGUUGAAUGCUUUAAACCUGUUGAUGCACCAGUGUGUAAGAUGUUCUGGUGCAACAGCAUAGUUGGUAUCUCACUAACUAUAAAGAAUGGGGUGUCUAGGCUUUCACAGUGAAUGAUCAGUUGUGGACAAGACGCUGAUCUACUAUUUACUAAGCUGACACCUGGUACUUCUGCCCCCUUCUUAUUCCUUGCUCCUCCUUUCUUAUUUUUUGCCCAAUUUUGUAAAAAAAUAUCUGUGUGCUAAAUGGAAAAAAAUAAAAUUCAGAGUAACUCAA